AUGAAUCGCCCAGAAGGAACGUCGCGACCCAUUGGAGGUGGAUUCCAAAUGGCACGCUGUUGUGGAUGCAUUCCUUUGAAAGCUGGUGUGGUGAUUAUAAGUCUCUUGUGGCUGGCUGCUUCAAUUUAUAAUACUUUUACCUAUUUUUCAAUUUUUAAUAAAAAUGGUGAAAGCUCUAAAAAUUUUUGGGGAUGUAUUGGACAUUGGGUUUUAGUGUAUGCAAUUCUCGAAAUUAUCAUAGCUCUCAGCACAUUUUAUGGAUUAAUUGUUGUAAUAACAAGGAGAAAAAUCAAAUCCUUAAGCUACUAUGUAAUAAUAUCAUGGGUUAUCUUAACAAUUGUGAUAGCAUUAGGCAUUGCCAACAUAAUAUUAGUAACUGUUCUAAAACAGCACUUUCUUGAUUACUGCGAUAAUGGGGGAACAUACACGUUGGAUGAAUGUAACUCGGCUUAUGAUGUUCUGCUACCAUCUACGGUUACUGGCGCAAUCAUUGGAGAAAAACAGUGA